CACUGAAAUACCACAUAUGCGCCCCGGCCUCUCCUGACCGUGCCUGACAGUGGUGACCUUGUUUACAAGGACUAUAGUUUAACACCCUUAUGUCCCCGAGACAAGGUGUAUAGUGCCUUGUAAAACACUAAAGGCUUACCCCCUCCACAGGAUAAACAUCACACUCUGUAGCUUCAAUGGAACGUGGAGCUCCCCCGAACUACCAUUCCAUCCACCAUACAACCAUUGGAAAACCCGAAUCCAUGGUGUAUAGUGGCCUUACCAGGUGAACAUAGGCUCGCACUGUUGGAUCACAAGUGUCAGCGUUCGCAAACAACAAACCGACUCCUUGCGUUCGCGUGUUGGACGCGAACCUGACAACUGUCAGGGCUGCAGUCUGAUUCAAGCGUCAAGGCUUCCUUCGAGUGCAAGAACAGUGAUACCAUUCUUAAUCAUGGCUUUAACAGUACCCAAUGCCAUGGAUACAAUUGAUUCAGCCCAGAAGAAUGCAAUUGUACAUGAUCAAGAGUAUUUACUGCAGGGAUCAGUGUUGGAUGCAUCACUGUUAGUAGUGAUCGAUAGACUACGAGGACUCUGUGAUAAUGCUGACAUCCAACCAGAAACGUUUCAUGAUCAUGAGAUUGUGUUCCUUUUGAAGGAUUUUUCUG